GUAUUAAAAAAUGAUUUUUUAGCGAAUAAGGUUUAUUAAUUAAUAAACUUAAAACAAAUAAUCCAAUUCUGAUUCUUCAAAAAGCCGCCAUUGCUUAUAGUAGCUCAAGCUCCAGCCAUUGUUUCCUUCAUCUCCAUCUCCAGUGGGAUUUCAUCAUGAAUUCGAGAUUUCGCUUGCAAAUUGCUACUGUUUUAAGGUAUAAUUACUUCUCAAUUCGCACAAUUUCCAGCUCCAUUGACGACGAAGCUCUUAGAAUCCAAUUCCUUCUGAAGAACCAUUUCCACGAAGCUUCGGAAUCAGUCGAGCGCCGCCUCGAGCAAUUGAAGCCCCCACUCUCGCACGAAUUGGCCCUCAAUGUGCUCAAACGCCACCGCUCCGACUGGAAAUCCGCCUACACAUUCUUCCGCUGGCUCUCCGAUUCAUCCGGCUACGCUCCGGAAACCUCCAUCUACAACGAGAUCGUCGACAUCCUUGGCCAAAACCGCCGCUUCGACGAGCUCCGCCAACUGCUCGACGAAAUGCCGAGGAGAAAAAAAUCGAUGGAUGAACGGACGUAUGCCGUUGUGGUCAGCAGAUUAGCCGCCGCUCACAUGGUCGAUGAAGCAAUCCAGUUCUUCGAUGGCAUGGAAGAAUCAGGCCUCCGCCGCGAUCUCCCCGCAUUUCAGACGCUGCUGCUGGCGCUGUGCCGGUACAAGCACGUGGAAAGGGCGGAGUUUCUCUUCCGCGUUAGGAAGAGUGAGUUUGCUACGGAUAUAAAGACGUGGAACAUCGUGUUGAACGGAUGGUGCGUGCUGCGGAGCUUGCCCGAUGCCAAGAGGUUUUGGAGGGACAUUCUCGCGUCGGAUUGCAAGCCGGAUAGAUACACCUAUGGCAUCUUCAUCAACUCGUUGUGCAAAUCCGGGAAGGCGGGAAGAUCGCUGGAGCUGCUGAGGGCAAUGUGGGAGCAGGGAUGCAGCCCGGAUGCGGCCAUAUGCAACACUGUCAUCGACGGGCUGUGUUUCAAGAAGAGGAUCCCCGAGGCUCUUGAGGUUUUCAGAGAGAUGAGAAGGAAAGGAUGCUCACCGGAUAAUGCUACGUACAACUCGUUGAUCAAGCAUCUCUGCAAGAUUCAGAGGAUGGAGGUGGUGGAGGAGCUCGUUAAGGAGAUGGAGGAGACGGGUGGUGCCUGUGCGCCGAAUGCUUUGACGUACGGGUUCCUUCUGAGGGCUGCGAGGAACGUUGAGCAUGUUGACAGGAUUUUGGAGAGGGUUAAGGAGAGCGGGUGUGAGGUUGGAGGGGACUUUUACAACAUGGUUUUGAGGUUGUUUGUGGGAUGGGGGGAUGAGGAGAGGGUGGGGUUUGUUUGGGGUGAGAUGGAGAGGAGGGGAGUGGGGCCCGAUCGACGGUCAUACACGAUUGUUGUGCACGGGCUUUGUGAGAUGGGUAGGGCCGGGGCUGCGUUGGAGUAUUUUGCUGAGAUGGAGUGCAAGGGUAUGUUUCCCGAGCCUCGAACGAAGAUGUUGGUGGAGGAGAUGAGAUGCAAGUUGAGUGAAGGAGAGAGGGGGAGUGAGAGAAGAUUGAGAAAAGGGAAUGGUUUAGUUAAACAAGUCAAGAAAGCUAGGUAGCAUUGUUAAUUAGGGCUUGUUUUGUUUGGUGGACAGGAUAUAGCAAGAUAGUUAAUUCGGGAUGAGAAUUUCGGGCCGAAGAGAGAGGAUGAUGGAGGCAGUAAGGAGGUAGAAAGAUAGAUUUUUGGCCCCGUCCUGCUCUAAUUGAAGCAUUUUCCUUUUGUGGGACGUUUCUAAAACUCGCUACUUUGUUGGAUUACUUGCAAUUUCGAACCUGAUAUAAGCAUCUACGAUCUGUAACUUGAUCGAAGAAAGCUUCCUUUCGAGUUAAGCUGCGUGCUCUCAACAGGUUACGAGAUUACAACCAUCAUCUCAACCCAGCAAUCUGAUUUGCCUGUUGAUGCUGCUGAUCAGAUUGGGGGAAAAGCUGUUCUACAUAGACCCAACCAAAAGGUAAACCGAACGAAUUUGUCACAGUUAUACGUUCUCCUACGAUAAACUGUCGUUGCAGCUAAACUUGAACUCCAGCUUCUUGAUUUCAGAAAGUGAUUCAUUGCUACAUACUCGUAGUCGGGACGUAAGGCGAGGGAGAUUCAUACAACUAUAUGGAAACAUACAUUCUGUUCUUUGCUGUGGUUUCUUGAGUGAAAUGGUCUUGUUCAGAUUUUAUCAUUGAGCUACUGAAAUUCAUUUUCUUAAUAGGAGUACUCUUUUGCACUAAAUCCAUUUGGUUUCAUUGAUGUUUAAUCUUGUUAGAGGCAUUUCUUUCAUUCUGUGAUGGCUGUGAAGUUGAUAUACCUUUUCAAAUUCUCUAUAUAGUACAUUGGCCUCGGUCGUGAGACGAGGGCCGAGCUAUGGACCUUGCACAGGGAGGACUCCUCGACUCGAUUGUCUUGAGUUUGUUUUCCUUGUAGCUUUCAUCUUCCUGCAAUUUUAGUUGUAAUAUGCAACACACAACAAGUGUUCUACA